AUGAAAACAGACAACCAUAUAAGCACCACCCCCUUAGCAGCAACAGCAUCCGGAGUUGCUGCAAAUCCUGCACCCUCAACAAACUCCGUCCUCUGUCAACUGAUUAGCUAUCAAAAUAACAUAGCUGAUGUACAGCAUAGACGUGGUCGACGCUUACAUGGACUCCAGCUGCCACUGCAUCCACUGCAGCUGUUCGGUUGGCUCGUGUUACUGUUAUUUGGCUUGGCCAGCUAUUGGAUAUUGAUACCCGCCUUUCAUGCGCCCAUUCAGGGGCCGCUCUAUGGCCUGAUCUCUGGUCUAUAUGUGGUGCAUAUUGUGGCACACUUGACAGCAUUGUUGACUGAUCCCGCCGAUAAGGAGCUGCGCCGUGUGCAUCGCAACGAUCGCAUUGUGCCCGAAUUUGAUCGCAGCAAACACGGUCAUGUGAUCGAGAACGGACGCUGUCAUCUGUGUAACAUAAGAACAACAACGCCACGAACCAAACACUGUUCGGUGUGCAACAAGUGUGUGGGUAAAUUUGAUCAUCAUUGCAAGUGGUUGAAUCAUUGCAUCGGCUCGCGGAACUAUGUCGCCUUUCUAAUGUGUGUCGUCAGUGCUGUGGUGGCCACACUGGUCAUUGUGGCCGCUGUUGUGGGGCAGAUAGUGCUCUACUAUGUGCAGCCGGAUUGGUUGAGCUUCUAUUGGUGCAGCAAUCAACUCGAAUUGCCAUCGGAGUCAACUGACUAUAUCAAUUUAACGUUGACCUUGAGCAACGGCACCAUGAUGCUCAUGGAGCAGGAUCAGCAACUGGCGCAGGAGACGGAUCUAAAUAAUCUGACAGUCUCUACGCUGCCCACGAUGCUGGAAAACUUUACAGCUCUGCUGGAGCAGAGCACGUUGCAGCCGCAGCUGCAGCCUCAGCCUCAGCCUCAGCUGAACCACACAGUCACUCCUCUAGUCGCCGGCAUCGGCGUCCACGAGACGAUCUAUUUGCUGCUGCUGGGCGUGCUCGGCCUGCUGGCAGCAAUCAGUGCUGGCUUGCUAUUGCAUCUCUGCUUCUUUCACAUUUACAUCUCGUUCUUGGGCCUGACGACGUAUGAGUACAUACGGAACCAUCGGCAGGCGCAGGAGGCGAAGGCUAAGCAGCUGCUCGAGCAGGGCAAAAACGGUGUACACUUCAAUCCCAAUCUGCCCACACUGCACCAGCAUCAUCAUCAUCAGCAGCAACACCAGCAUCCGUCCAAGCUCUAUUGCUGCUCCAGUGUGCCGCAUCCCAAUCAGCAGCACGAGCAGCUGACCACUGGCGCUGCCUUGCACUGCUGCGCCAGUUCUCGGGAGUUCCAUCAGGCCAGUCAGUCCAUCUAUUUGUGCUCCUUGCUCCAGGAGCGACGCAGCGAGCGUCUGCAGCUGGAUCUGGAUGCAGAGGCAGCUCCGCUGCGUUCCUUUCACUGCUGUUCCAGCUAUGCAGCUGCCUCGAUGCAGCGCCGAGUGAGCGCCGCAGCCAGUGCCAAGGCAGCGCUGGAGCCGCGACAGCGUCCGCUGAGAUCAGGAGCCGGAGCAGCGGCAUCGUAUCUUCAAUAUACAGAGCAAUGCACCUUGUGCACCUUUCAGCUGCGCAGUCCGUUGCGCGGCAGCCAGAGCAACAGCAACAGCGCCGGGCGCAGCAGCAGCAGCACUCGCACUUUGGCCAGCCAAACGGCCACGCCCACGUCGAGUGCCUCGGCAGCUGGGAAUAUAUCGAAGCAUCAGCGUUGGCGGCGAAAAUGGAAUUGCUGUGCCAGUGUCCCAGACAGUCCAGAUGUGCCCAACGACCUCUUGGCCGCACUCUCGGCCAGCAAAAUCAAUGCCAGCGAGCUGCCGGUGCAGUUCAUCAGAAGUCUGAACGGUGGCCUGGAAAUGCCGCACGGCACUGGUGGCGGCGUACUACCAACUGCCACGCCCACUGAGCUGCCCACACUGAAGACGACGCGCAGCUCACGACUGCGUCACAUGCUGCGUCUGCUCGGACGCUAUAGACGUGCACGCUGCCAACGUGGCCAUGGCCAUGGCGUGGGUGUUGCCGAGCAGCAGGUGGCCACCAUCAAGCAGAAUCAAAUACGUCCGCUACAAUUGCAACCGGACCGUGGCUACGACAGUGCAACGAGCAUGACGCAAGCGACGCCGCCGCCGCCCAUCAGCUCGCCCAGUCACAGCGGCAGCAGCAGCAGCGACCUAAGCAGCAACAGCAAUGGCAAUGGCAAUGUGAACGGCAACGGCAACGGCAACAAGGAGCUGAUGCUGUUGCCCACCAGCGUCAUCCGAGAUGAUACUGUAACCACCAGCUAUACAUUGACGCUGCCGCCUGCCCUGCCGCCGCCCACGCGUCGCAAAAUGCCGAAUCCAAGCGAAUUGGCUGAGCUGGCCGAGACCUUGGGCUUUGUCUCCAGUGGACUGCAUGGAGCAACCUGCUCCAAUAGUCGCCAAUUGCCAAGUCUGGGCAACGUUUACAGGCGACAGCGUAGAAAGCAUUUUCUACGCACUCGAUCGCCCACUUUGUCGCCCAUACAUGAGUCCGGCUUAUCCAAUCCAACGUCGCCGCAACCUUUGCGUCACGGCUUGGCCAACUCGAACUCCAACUCGAACUCGAACUCGAACUCCACUGCCAAUGCCAAGAGCUCGCCGGAUGUGGCGCGUUCCUCAGCGACGCUUGUCCAGAAUCUGUGUGGUCUAGCGGGCGAGGCUUUGAGAAAAACUGCAUCCAACAGCUCGCUGCAGAGCAUCAGCUCCAAUUCAAGCAGCACCUAGAGAGGAGCGGAGAGCGGGAGGGAGAGUGUGGAAGAGUUCCUUGCAUUGGUUUCUGCCUAGUCCAUAGGUUAGUCAUAGACGCCGCUUUCCAUCCAAUUCCAAAAGAAAAGUCAAAACCCAAUUUUAGUUUAAUUUAGUUAAACUUGAUUUUUAUCGUAAGCUUUAGGAUUUUGUUCAGAACGGAGGCUUUAUACAAAUUUUACUUGUAACUUGUA